UGUAAAAUCAAAAGUCACUAAACACAAAAAUGACAGAUUUUUUAACCUCACAAAAGUCUUAAAUUGUUUCUUUAGAUUUCUAAAAAAAAAACGUAAUUAUGAUUACAUAUGAGUUGUGCUUGCUUUACAGAAUCAUGCCAAAGGCGGAACUGGCUUCUGUGGUCAAGAGGACUGCAAACGCGAUUUUUGAGAAGGGUGGCUUUAUUAGAAAACUAGAGAAUUUAGGAACUCGAGAUAUGCCCCAUAAGACGAGUAUGCAUGGUCAAGUUCAUCACAAGGCUAGUUACUUUUUAAUUGAAUUUAAUGCACCCCCAACAUGCAUUGAUAAUUUGUUAGACGAAUAUGUGCGUGACGUCGAUAUUAUAAGAAAACGUAUAUAUAAGAAACAAGAAAUUGCCCCAUUUGAAUGUACUUUGCAUGAAGACAUGCUUCCACCUCCAUAUCGUAAGAGCGUACAGGAAUUAAUAGCACAAACUAAAAAGACAGAUAAGCCUAAGUAUGAAUAUAAUACUGGGUUGGAUUAUUACCCUUUCCAGAAAUAAGUUGUAAACAAAAUGUAGGAUAAGUGUAGGGAAAUAAAAUUCUUUGUAGUCA